UAAUAUCUACUGAUAAAUGGCCGUCACAAAUCAAUAAUAUUAAUAUUACCGUAAUUAAACCGAAAUUUAUUCCCGAUUCCUUUGCUCUUGUUGUUCGUUAUGUACCCCUCCAGUACAAUGAUGAAUAUGUGAAAGAGGAAAUCGAACGAAAUCUUCAAUCAGCCGAAAAUGUUAGACAUAUUCAGUAUCAUUUUCAACGAAGAACAAAUGAUUUUCGAUUUAUUGUUAAAGAUUUACGUGAAUAUAAUUCAACAUUAAAAUUAGGUCAUAUGAGAGAUAAAUGUGAUCUGGUACACCCUCGUUGUCGUAUCUGUCUUAAUAAUCUUAUUGAUGGUCAAACACAUGAUUGUUCGAAUGUGGUUCGUUGUGCUCAAUGUGAUGGCCACCAUCAUUCGUUAUCUAAUGAAUGUGAAAAGGUCGCAGAAUAUCGAUUCAAAUUAAAAGAACAAGUUAAUAACGCAAUAUCAACAGGCAAAUUACAUCGAUUAGUACCUCAAGAUCGUGCUCAACCGAUGCAAUUUUAG